GGGUGUAGCCGUGCAGGGGAGAGUGAGUUUGGGUGGCAGUCUUGUCUUCCCUUGACUCCCCUUUGUCUAGGAAACACCACAAAAGUACAAACAAACACUCAAAAAUAUUUCUUUCCAUUUCCAAUUCACUUCUCUUCAACAUUAAUCUUCUACUCUCUUCUCUAGGGUUCCUAUCUCAAACCCUCCCACUCUUCCAUUUUCUCAGCGAGUUAUGCUUGAGAAAUGGAAAUGCUGAAUUCGUCUGAGAACGGGUCAAUGGCCAUGCACUGUACCAAUGUAGCUUACUUUUCUGACGAAGGAGAAGAACCUCAGCCCAUUACUGCUUCUGUUCCACUCUCUCGUGCUAGUGAACUCACCAUUUCCUUUGAAGGCGAGGUUUAUGUUUUCCCUUCCGUUACGCCAGAAAAGGUACAGGCUGUAUUGUUACUCUUAGAUGGGAAGGAGACACGCAAUAGCGUACCCACUUCUGACUUUCCGGUGCAGCAAAACUGUCGGGACAUUUGGGGGAAAAAUGAUCCUUUCCGUAAUUCAAAGGUCUCACGGAGAUCUGCAUCACUUGUUAGGUUUCGUGAAAAACGGAAAGAGAGAUGUUUUGAGAAGAAAAUCCGCUACACUUGCCGUAAGGAGGUUGCUGAGAGGAUGCAACGGAAGAAUGGGCAGUUUGCAUCGUUGAAGGAAGAAUGCAGUUCUCCUGCUGAAAACCAGGAUUUUAGCAAUGGUUCUCCUUUCCCAGAAUCCAUUGAGCGUAGAUGCCAGCAUUGUGGAAUUGCUGCAAAGUCUACUCCGGUAAUGCGUCGAGGACCGGCUGGUCCAAGAACUCUAUGCAAUGCUUGUGGGCUCAUGUGGGCAAAUAAGGGAACACUGAGAGAUCUCGGCAAAGCAGGAAGGAUUGCUUUUGAACAGACUGAACUGGAUUUUUCAACAACAGAUCCAGAAAAUUCAUGUGCUGCACAGGACAAGAAGGAAAGCCCCCAUGCAACAAAGCCUUUGCCAAUGGAUGCCAGACAGUCACCUGAGAUGAUAAUUGAGCAGUAUAUGCUUGAAGCUGCUGAAGCAGUUACUGACAACUUGUCCAUCCAAGUGGAGAAUAAUGCUCUUGAUCUGCACGAGCAGGAUAAUACUAUGGCGGAUUUUGUUGAUGCUUCUGGGACUGAAUUUGAGAUUCCUUUAUGUUUUGAUGAUCAGGUCAAUAUUGAUGAUUCCAAUAUGAGGACUUACUGGCUGUGAUCUUACGACAUUGGUGUGUGACUGAGCCAUGGUUUUUUCGUGGUGGAACAAAUUUGCGGCUCUGGUUCAACUAACUCUAGACUUUUGGAGAUGUUUUAUGGUUUAUAGACAAACUAUUUCUGGAAACACUGUGAAUUAUAUGACCAUAGCGACUUAAAAAUCUUCAUACAUGAUAGUUUUUGUACAUCCCAUGUAACCGGAUUUAAUUUUUGUAUAGUGUAAAUAGUUAAGUCCUUUUAUCCCUUCUCUUAUGGCCAUUGAGUUUGUUUUCUUUGCUGUAA